CAGAUUGACUUAGGAGGAACGAAAGUAUUAAAGAGGAUAAAAACUGACGGUGAAGCCAGUCCAGCCGUCAACCAAACUGCAAGAAACGUGACAAAGUUUCUGAUUAAAGUCAGUGCUGACGGCGUUACAUAUGAGGAUUUUGAUGCGGUAAGGGGCUCUUAAGCUGACACCAAUGGCUAUAAUGUCAGUUUUAAUGUCAUGAUAUGGCUGGUUUGAGCAUGACGUCACGGCGGCCAUGUUGUGGUAAAGAACACGAUCAUUGCUUUCCUUUAGGAACUAAACUCCAUUUUUUCGUGUAAAGAAUUCUUUUGAAUUGACCGCCAACAUGAACGCCUUGUCACGUGCUUGCAAACCAAGAAUGUAUACUGUAGUUUCUCGUGUCAGCUUAUCGACCUUAUUUGAUCUUAUUUGACUUUGUUGCUGCAAGAAAAUAGGCAUCAGAACUUAGGUUGUCAGCGCUCCGUCGAAACAAAUUAAGAGCUUUGUUCACACGGCACCCCUCAAAUUUUCGACCUGUUGCCACAAAAUUUGUGCUCUUAGGUAAUCCGUUCACACGCUAUCCAUACACAAAAUUUAGACGCCUUGCGGCUCAAAAAUUUGAUCGUCAAAAUCGGGGUCAAGUUUUUAAUCAGAAAGGUCGAAAAUUUGACCGGAGUGGUCAGCGGUCACCAUAACAGUCUAAAGUUUUCUACAGCAAAUUAAAGGCGUGGCUGCAUGAUAAUUGGUAACUCAGCUGAAAGUCGUCAUUUUAGAUUUGCUAAAGUAGCGUUCUGCGCAUGGGCAGAUGGUAAAACUAGUUAUUUAAACGUCAAAUCCGUCAAUCUCGUUCCCAGAGGCCGCGAUCCUUGUGUGUGAAAAGAGCGAAAAUAGUGAACGUCUCCGUAUAAGCAUAGUGUUCUCUCAAAUUUUUCAGCGGGUGGAAACUUCUUCCACUGCCUAGGGAUUCGUAGCCUAACUAAAACAAAAAUUCCAGCUCUGAGUGUUUUGUCAAAGAAAUUAAUAAUACUUCAAUUAAUAUUUUCCAUCUUUCAAACCAAAAGAAAAAUGUUGACGCAAAUUUCUGCCUUAUUAGGAAUUAAACAAGCAAUUUGGGGCCAGCUUUCCGAAAUUUUUUCUCGAAGGUUUGUUCGUUUGUCUUUGUUGUUCGUUUUCUUUUUUUUUUUUUCUUUUUUUUUCAAGAUUUCAAGCAAGCCUAAACCAGAAAUAAUAAAGAGAGAAUGAGAGGUUUCAUGAAGCACAACAGUGUAUUGGUGAAGAACAACUUAAUUUUGCAUAGUAAUUUUUCAACAUCUAAGUAUCGCUGAUAGUAUCUUAACUAUUAUACUACACACAUACUACAUGCAUCAGUUUACUCAUAACAUGAUUCUUUUUCGUUAUGACAAACAUCACAUUCAGUCAGUCAGUUAGAGCGUGUAAAAAUGGGAAGGUGAAAAGAAAACGUUAUUGGUCAUUUCAAAGUAAUAAACCAAAUACUCUAUUUUAUCAUCUAGUUUACACAGGAUGAUUUUACGCUUGAAAUCAGGACACAAUACCUUCGCAUAGUGCCACUGGAUUUUGUUGGAUUUCCUUGCAUGAGGAUCGAAAUCUAUGGGUGCAAAGGUAUUAAAUGACUCACUUUUGUUUUUGGUCUGUUCGGCUGAUUUGUAUGUUCCUCAUAGCAGGCCUUCCUCCAACCACGUCAAACUUUAUAUUGCUAACUUUAUGCACAAGAUUUGCACCAGAGUGGUUUCGUAAAUGGUAAGUAUCCAGGGUUUCUGAGAAUGUUAUAAACGCGGGAGGGGAGGGGGAUUGCAUCGCCACAAACCACGGCCCAUAUUUUCAGAAGCUUUCCAAAAAUGAUUUCCCGACCGAAGAUUCCGGUUAUCCGAUGUAAAUGGUAAGUACACCUUAUAUAUCUAAACUUAAACUUGUUGAACGUCCCUAGCGCUCGUCUGCCGAUAUAACUAAAUCGUAACGAAACCUUUAUGUUCUUAUCUUCUUUUCUUUUUAUAGCAAAGAAACAAAAAUUGUGCAGCGUCGAUAAUGGUGGAUGUUUACAACAAUGUAUUCAGCAUUCUAAGUACUGCAUUUUUGGGAAAUGUUUCUUUAGCUGUAGCAUCGAUUCCCUUUGUACAAAGUGGGUGGAAUGCAAAUGUGAUCCUGGAUACAAACUGCUCAAGGACAAAACAAACUGUGCAGGUAAUGAAGGCUUCGGUGUUCAGCACCGUAGAAUAAUAAUGAUAUAGUCUAAAAACAGUGAUAUCACAUAUACUUUAAUUUGUGAAACUUCUAUACUUUAAAUAAUAACGUCACAGGCUAAGCUAGUGAAUCACAUCAAUGGACACUUUGGAUUUUUUUUUUCCUUUCUGAUAGACGUAAACGAGUGUGCCACCAAUAGCGGAGGCUGCGAUCAGAUCUGUAACAAUACAAAAGGAAGUUAUGAAUGCAACUGCCGCAGUGGUUUCUUGCUUUCUAGCGAUAAACACAAAUGCAACGGUAAGUCAAAAAAUAGGGUCACAACAGCAAUAUCUGGUAUACUUGUGGCACAAUCUAUCUUCUAUAUCUUCCUAUAUCGAACAAUAAGGGCCACCUAACGAUAAUUUCCUCCAAAAUACAUUAAAAACACUUUCUAGACUAUCCAGAGUACUUCUAGAUCUCUAAAACUGCAUUCUAAGCGGCGCAAUAAAAUUUGUCAUCCUAGGGGAACUUGAGUCUCUUCAAAAUUACUAGGGCUUCAGUAUCAUUUUCGCGAAAAUUUUAGAGGCAAUUUUAAGGUAUUACGAAAGUGAAAAUUUUUCUGAUUUCUCUCUCCAUCAUAUUUUUGAAUCCGAACAUUUCAGGUUUCCUUUUCUCUACUUAAAAUAGCCUAACCUGGGGAGUGAGAUGGGAAAAAUUAAACUUCAGAAAAUCGUAGGGAAUUUAUUAGAAAAGCUUCGAAAAUUGUGCAUGAAUGAAACGACCAUCUAGAAAUUUUUAGCCGUCCUCAAGUAAUAGAAAAUUCUCCGAACAGAUACAUUAAACAGUUGAAGGAUGCCCCUAAACAAUGGCUGAUGAACAAAAGCGUAUCAGCUUCGUAUAAAGUGUUAAAAACCUCCAGAAGCCUACUUUUCAUCGUCUUGAGAUGGCAGGGAAAGAUUUAGCCUAAAAAAUCGUGCAAGACAGUUUUUGCGUAAAGCAGUGUUAUUCUAGACAACAUUCAAACAGUCUUUAGUUUGGAAUCUCAUUCAAAAUAAAUGGCUAACAAAACAAAACUGGUCAAUUUAAUGGUAAAACAUGGAAAACUUUAGGCAGAAUCGUGAUCCACGAAAUAAUCCAGACAGUUAUUAUAAGACUUAUAACCGAGAAUGUGUGAAUAAAGGAAAAGACAUCCUCGCCUCGUUCCCCCCAGAAUUCAAUAAUAAUUGUCAAUUUGCUUAUAAGUGAACAAUAGCACCAAUCAAUCAUACGAAACAAAUAGUUGAAAAUCAUCCUGCAAAAAGCAAUGCAUUCAUCACGAGGCAGUCCGCGGUCACAAGGACAAAAGCCUCGUUCCAGUACAAUCACUCUACAGUUACGAAUAUCAAGUACUAUGGGUAAAAAGGAGUGGCAUGCAAAGAUCACUCUCUAUUUGAACCCCUAGCUGUAGGAUAAACACCAUAGUUCAGUAGCCUUUUAUUUACGUGCAUCUGUUUACAUGUCAUUUUAUAUUUUAUCAUUUGUCGAGUUUUACCAUUCUUUUUUAUAUACCUUCUUGCGGCAUGGCACAGAUGUGGAUGAGUGUAGCGUUAAUAAAGGUGGCUGUAACCAGUUUUGCCAUAAUACGUAUGGAAGUUAUUAGUGCUCGUGCAAAAAUGGCUUCAAGCUUUCAGCAGACAAUCAUACCUGUAGUGGAAAGGUUAUGCUCAAAAUUGUAUUCUUUUAAUUUACUUUAAACUCACAUUCUUUAGAUAUCGACGAAUGCGCGGUGAGUAAUGGCGGAUGUAGCCAUGGCUGCCAAAAUCAACAAGGAACCUAUCAGUGUACAUGUCCAAAGGGAUUUGAACUGGACGCAACGAAAAAGAACUGCACGGGUAAGACAAGAGUUAGUCUAACAACUAUAAAAAAACAGCACAUCGUUCAUCGUCACUGUACCCUUUGGGAAGGUAAUGAUAGAGUCUAAAAGCAGUGAUAUCACAUAUACUUUAAUUUGUGAAACUUACUUUCACUAGGCUAGUGAAUGACAGUAAUGGACAGUUUGGAUUUUUUUUUUUUUGCCCUCUCUUAUAGACGUGAACGAGUGUUCCACCAAUAACGGAGGCUGCGAUCAGAUCUGUAACAAUACAAAAGGAAGUUAUGAGUGCAAGUGCCGCAGUGGUUUCUUGCUUUCUAGUGACAAACACAAAUGCAACGGUAAGUCAAAAAAAAUAGGGUACAACAGCAAUACCUGGUACAUUUUUGGCACAAUCUAUCUCCUAUAUCUUCCUAUAACGAACAAUGGCUGAUGAACAAAAAAGUGUCAGCCUCGAAUGUAGUGGUAAAAACCUCCAGAGUUCGGUCAUUUCGAUACAAAAUCGUUUCGAUACGAACUCAAGCAGUGAUAUUACACAAAAAUUUCGAUCAAUUCAGAACCUCCAGAAGCCUACUCUUGACUAUUUUUCAUCGUCUUGAGAUGGCAGGGAAAGAUUUGCCCUAAAAAAUCAAGUGAGAAAGUCUUCGCGUAACCUACCUUAUUCUAGGAAGCAUUCAAACAGUCUUUAGUUUGGAAUCUCAUUCAAAAUAAACGGCAUACAAAUCAAAACUGGACAAUUCAAUGGUAAUCCUGAUCUAUGAAAUAAUCCAGACAGUUAUAAUAACCGAUUGUGUGAAUGAUGGAAAAGACACCCUCUCGCCGUUGUAUCCUCUAGGAUUCAAAUAGUCAAUUCGCUUUCAAGUGAACAAUAGCAUCAAUCAAUCAUAAUUAACAAAUAGUUGAUAAUUUUCCUGCACAAAGCAAUCCAUUCAUUACGAGACAGUCCGCGAUCACAAGGACAUAAGCCUUGUUCUAAUACAAACACGUGACAGUUUAGAAUACUAAAUACCGUGGGUAAAAAGAAGUGGCAAUUGCAAAGAUCACUCUUCAUUUGAACGCCUAGCUGUAGGGCAAACACCAGAGUUCAGUAGCCUUUUACUUACGUGCAUCUCUUUACAUGUCAUAUAUUUUAUCUUUUCACUGUUUUGUUAAUUUUUACCAUUCUUUUUUUAUACCUGCUUACGGCAUGGCACAGAUGUAGAUGAGUGUAGCGUUAAUAAAGGUGGCUGUAACCAGUUUUGCCAUAAUACCUUUGGAAGUUAUUAUUGCUCGUGCAACAAUGGCUACAAGCUUUCAGCAGACAAUCAUACCUGCAAUGGUAAGGUUAUGCUCAACACUGUAGUUACUGGUAGAGUGAAACUUUUUGACAGCUGUGAUAUUGUGCAUUUCUCAAUAGGUAUUUCACUUUCAAUAAAAAUAAUUGAUGGUAUUUAUCAGUCUUAACCUGCGCACUUUCCAAAUCCGUAUAAUUUCCAAGGCCUGAGCUGGUUGUUCAUAAGGUGAAUAGUCCUUUGUGGUGCAUUCCCGCAGUGCGGUGAAAUAGACGUUACACUGUUCUAUAUCGAUCGUAGCUGCAUCAAUGUGCUAUAAGUGCUGAUCGAAACUAUGACCAAGAGGUUGUUGUUAGAGGUAGAAAAAAUACAUUGCUUAUUCAUUAAACAGUUUCAGUUCUAAGGGAUUUAUUAAAGUUAUCAUUUUUUUGCGUGCAAACGCCUUCUUCUUCUUGAAAAAGAAGGGCAAAACCCUAACCCUUUAAGCCCUAAGAGUGAUCCGUAUCUAAAUUCUCCUUGUGAUAUAAAUGCUUUUUAGAACAGAUUGGUGAUGAGAAUUAAGGAGAUGAUCACACAAGAUAGAAUGAGUUGAUACUUCAACAACUUCUCGUCACUACAUUAAUAGGAAACGUAUAGGAACAGCAAAUGGGAAUUUGAAUUUUGAUAUUUGGGCCUACUCCUUAUCAUUAUUUUCAUUUUGAGGAAAGGAGAGCGUUGUGUUCUUUUAAUUUACUUCAACUCACAUUCUUUAGAUAUCGACGAAUGCGCGGUGAGUAAUGGCGGAUGUAGCCAUGGCUGCCAAAAUCUGCAAGGAACCUAUUUGUGUACGUGUCCAAAGGGAUUUGAACUGGACGCAAGGAAAAAGAACUGCACGGGUAAGACAAUAGCAGGUCUAACAACAAUAAUAAAAAAAAGCACAUCCUUCAAUUCGUCACUGUACCCUUUGAGAAGGUAAUAAAACAUUUUUAAUGGCAGAAAUUCUUAACAGUUGUUUACUCUAACACUCUGUUUUGCGUUUCUACUGGUAUUACGCUAUGCUCAACCUUGCUUCGAUUAAUGCCCAGAACAUGUAAAACAAUUACGAUAAAAAAACUAUUCAAUAAUUUUGAAAAUCAUGUAUCUUUAUUGUGCCCUAAAUGAUCAAAAUAAAAAAAAAAAAAGAAAGAAAAUGGCCGUCACGAAUGUCGUAUAUUUGGACCCGGGGAAUGAAGAAAUAAAUACAUUAAGAAGGCCAAUAUCCGAGAACAUUGCCCUUUAAAAAUCUGUUUUCCUUUGCUUACAGAUACAAAUGAAUGCUUGCUUGCGAACGGUGGCUGCCAAACUCAUUGUACCAACACUAACGGCAGCUAUUAUUGCUCCUGUUUACCUGGAUUUGAGUUAUACGAUACACUCAUGUGCAGAGGUAAGACAAUAGAGGUAUAAAAAUAUCUUUUAAGAAAAUCUCUGAGAGACCAAUACGAUUACACAAAACGAGCCUUGUCAGAAAAACAGCCCUAUUCUUUCCCAAAAGCUUUACUUGAUAAGUCAAAAAAAUAAUCCAUUGUCGUGAUAUAUAGCUCCCAUACGGUGUAACUUGUGUCACCGCGCGUCGUAAAGAAAAUCUCUAAGGCUAAGGCCAAAUGUUGAACUUUUCAGCUGUGGGUUAAAGGGCUGUGUCAUGGCGGUCUAGUUUAUUUUUACUAUUUAACAAUUAUUGAACGAGGUUAAGCAAAAUAUCGUGAUUUGUGAGUGGCGAGCAGAUCAAAUAAUUGAUCUGCGAGACACUGACAAAUCACGAUAUUUUGCGAUAACCGAGUUCAAUAAUUGUUUAUCAUUCGAUCACCAAGUUUUUUUAUUAAUGAAUAUCUUCGGGAAGCGAAGCGAUCUGCCAUUUUUCACGCAAGAGCGAUCGCGAGAAGGAGAAAAGCGUGUUUCGUUUACGCAUUAGCAGGAUAUCAUUUGCAGCCAAACACAGUUGGACGACGUGCAUGAACAGAUCAUUGUUUGUAGGCAGUUAUUUGCGGGCCUCGUGGUGGGAUUUCAGCCAAUGAAAAGGACGAAAAAUUUGCAUCGAAUGAUAAUGCCAAUUAUGCGUCCUUAUUCGCUGGUGAAGGAACUAGUUGUUAAAAUAAAGAAAGACAGGUUUUCAAAAGCCACAAUCCCAACCCGUUUUAAUCUACUUUAAAUUUUGUCCAUCCCUACUUUUUUUGUAUUUUCCUCGUUGUUUGUAAAUGUACUUUCUUUUAACGUUUGAGUGGAAAAUCAUGCUUGUACGGGAGUGGAACCCUUCACCACUGCGAUACCAUUGCAGCGCCCUUCCAACUGAGCUAACAAGCCAAUUGGGAGCAGCUCAUUGGGUUUCUUUGUUACAAACUCAUUAAAGGAUGACGAUGAAGUAAUAAAUAUAAGUUUAUGAUUAGCUCGACGUUUUUCUCAGAUUAAUUUGAGUUCGCUAGAAUGAGUUUUGACCGACAAACAUGUUCUGUCCGUCUUCUUUAGACUUAAAAAGCACUCAGCUAUAGAAAGAUAUCAGGUUUGAUGACACUAUUUUAUUUUUAGACAUAGACGAAUGCUAUCAUAACAGCGACAACUGCAGCCGAUCAUCAACUGACUGCCAAAACUUUCAAGGAGGGUACGAGUGCAAAUGCAAGUCGGGCUACAAAUACAUUCAAGGAGAUAAAUUUAACUGUGAACGUAAGCAUGCCAUGUAUUUUUAGUGACUAAAAAGGUAUAGUGUCCUUAUAUUACGGCGGCAACUCGUGUCAUCAUCCGAGUAAAAAACUUGAGGCCAACGGUGUGCUUCCCCAACUCGCUUCACAAGAAUUUGAGGUCACACCUGGAGAUCGAACAUGGAACCUUCCGCACAGAAGGCCGUGCACGAACCAACUGUAUCAGUCCUUGCUCCUACUUGACUUUGACCUUAGUACAUUUUAUUUUACAUUAUAUUUCAACAAACAAAUCAUUCUUUCUUUCUUUAUAUAUUUACUUAUAGUUCGGUCUUGCCCACCCCUGGUGGAAGUAGCGGGAACUUCUGUCAGCCCGAAAGAUUGUUUGGUAGUUGGUGCAAGGAAAGUUAAUGACACCUGUACCUUCAGUUGUAAGGAGGGGUACAAGCUUCCAGACCCCAAUCAACCUACCUUGACCUGCCUGGAUACUGGGGCCUGGGACAAGGCUGUUAUAAACUGUCAACGUGAGUAAUGAAAAGGAAAAUAUUUGGUUAUUUGCGGAAGUUUAGAUGUACGUUGUCUGAGUAUGUACAAGCUAAACUGUUACAUAGCAUAAAAUAUUUAUUAACAAUAUAUUCUGAUAGCAAAAAUUCAAACCUUAUUGUAAACAAUGAGUAUACAAGCAAAAACAUACAAGCAUAUUUUUUAAUACUCUGUAUGGUUAAAAGAGAAAAUUAAAAGUACAUUUGAGGGACAGUAAAACAAUAAUCGGAACAUCAGUCUUCGUAAUGAUGCUCUUUUUAAUGCUCAUUAAUUAAAUUUCAAAUUCUUUUACUAAUUGUAAAAUUAAUGUCAGUUUGGCAUUUGAUCCCUGAAAGCUCCUGAAGUUAGGGAUCCAAAUGAUUAAACGUAUUUCUGACCUUUAUUUCACCAUUUUCUAGGCAAGAGCUGCCCUGCAUUACCUCCAAUUCAAGAUGGAUUACUUAUCCCAGCUUUCUGUGCGGUGACUGGGAAUUUUUUUAACCAGUCCUGUCAGUACUCUUGUAAUCGAGGUUACAGUCUAAAUGGAAUCUCUUCUAGGACCUGCCAGGCUAACGCUGAAUGGGAUGUUAAGGCAAUUCCUAAGUGCGAUAAAGGUAAAAAUAGACCUUGUCACGGUUUUCGAGGCCAUCUUGACGAGUAGGCAAACGUGUGAGAAAUUAAAGUGUUUGUAUGAGAAUCUAAUGUCGAAUAAUUUCCAUGAAACGGCUGUUCUGAAUAAAUAUGACUUGUAAACUAAAGCUUCAAAACAAAGGAUUGUACUUAAAAAAAAUUGGGGGCGUACCUGUGCUUAAACUUCUCCAGAGGCUUGCUUUAGAUUUUCCAUAUAUUUGUCUGUUAUUUUUCCAGGGACUUUCUUACAGACAAAUGUACAGAAAACUUAAAAAAGUGGUUUUCCCUGAUAAAUCGAUCAUUCAUGCACCACUGAUCUUGCGAUCGAUGCUGUACAUCCAGCCUCUUACGGUUACUAGAGCGUUGUGUAAUUCCAAAUAUCAGCAUACAUAUACCUUUGUUUACUACGACAUUUUCUCCUCAGCCUCGUUUAUUUCAAGCUUGUUAACGUAAGGCACUCUCUUUGGCACGAACCACCGCGUAGAUAAAUCGUUCUUACCUGAUAUUCGCUGAAAACAUUUUUAUUGUAAGCUAAAAGUCCUGUAGUUGUGACUUAAAGAUCAUGACAAAUAGAGAGCAUGCGAUGAAUGGCCUGACUUCCGUCAUCUUGAGAGGGUACAAUAUACAAUACAGCGUUUGGCGGAAAGUUGAGUUGACCUGCUGCAUGGUCUUUAGAAAGAACUUAGCUAAAAUUACCUCAGGUUUCAAUCCUACGGUAGUUUAGCUGGAGGUCAAUAUUCAGAGACAAUGCUAUCAAGGCAAAAAAGAUCACUGAAAAAAAAAAUCUUCCUCAGUUUUUUGACCAUUCAUUGGUUCGUCUGAUUCAUUUUAUUUUACACAUUUACAUCACAGUUUAACGAUCAGGGGCACCCAACGACAAUUUUUGGAAAAUAUCUGUUAGGAAGACGAUUUGAGAUCUAGAAUUUUCUGAACAUUUGUUGUAAAUUUCUUGCUUGUCUGCCUCUCCAAAAAUUCUCGAACAUCUAAAAAAUGGUAUUAAUUGCCUAUUUUUAACGGAUUUUUACCCAAAAAAGGUCACCUAAAAUUUUCGGGAGCCUUUGUUGUGGCUGAAAUUUUCGAAAUGGUACGUUUUGAUCCCUAUCAUGAAUUUUCGCAUCACUAGACUUCAGCUUUCGGCUAGGAAAUCCGAACAGAUGAAAAAUUUCUAGGGGAUAAAAAUAUGCCUAUAUCUACCGUUUCAAUACUAAAAUACGUUCAACAUUGCUAUGUUUAAGUGGUUCUGAACUAUAAUCUCGUUGGGUGCCCCUGAAGAAUUACAGAUUCUCUUGAAUACUUCAUUGGUUAUUGCUGUAUGGAAUGUGUGUUAUCGAUGGCCAAAGUAUCAUCUGCUUUCGAGUUGGCCACCACCUACUUUUGAAUAAAUUAACAUAAACGAUGUUGAACACAGAGUCAUUAACUGUGUACUGAACGAAAUCUCCUAUGACUCUUUUUUAGUGUACCCGAAGCCUUGGAUCUCAUGCCCUGACGAUGUCAUCGUCGAUCUCGCUCCAAAUAAGAAUACCUAUGACAUUACUGCACUGCUUGAGCAACCUCAGUCUAAUGUGCAGAAUAUUCAGUUGUUUCCAGAAGAGCACCGUAAUAGCCUAGUUUUUCCAUACGGUCUAACCAUACUCACAUACGUCGCCAGCAAUGAAGUUGGUACUACCGCAAAUUGCACGACAAAUAUUAUUGUUCAAGGUAAGCAUGGGCGCGAAAACUAUCAGAAAAGUUAAUAAAUCGAUUAUAAAACCUUCAAAUGAUUUUGGAGAAUUACUGAAAACCAAUGCACAUCAUAAUUAAGUGUUUUCUGUCCUAGCCAGAGUAUGGGUCGUUCACGUUCCAAAAUGGAUAAUGUGCGAGGUUGUCUAUUGGAGGGUUUAAACUGUAUUACCAUGUCACACAUGACGUUCUAUGCUCAAACUGUUUUAGGGCUUCUCGGCCUUCUACUUUUACAUUUUGUGACAACACCCUUUUUCACUUUACAACACGUCCUUUCAAUGAUAUAUACCCUGCGGGAAGGAAGACGGGGAAUUCGGGCGAGGGAAGGGUAGGGUUAUGCUUGCCUUGUCCCUGUACGACGUUUUCCCAGUCCCUCUCGGUCAAUUCACUUCCGAGGCGAACCGUCCCGAAACACUUUAGUCGCGCGGAAUAAUGAGGCCCACGGACUAGGCAAUUAGAGCACGGUGGCCAGAUGAAGUAUUGCUUCUUCUCAGUACAUAAUAAACAUACUAGAAGAAUAGAAUGCCAGACAAUAUGGACCGUUGUAUCCAUCUUAUAACCAAGAAUGUUCCAAAUAGCUGUUUAUUCAGGAACAUCGGAGAAGUCCUCAUUCAGUGUAUGCGUAAUUUUACCAGUUAUUCCCGUUGUGACACAUACUUGUCCUCUUUUAUCUUUUUUUUUCCUUAAUUGCAGCUUAUCUUACUUGAUUUGCUUUACAUAGCAUUUUCUCCAUGCACACUAACAAUUUCAUCUCUUACAUAGAUAAGCAACCACCUAGCGUUGUCUAUUGUCCUGACAACAUUUAUCAGUUGAUAGUGGGUUCGAUCGCAAGUGUAACAUGGAAACUGCCAGAAUUUGCGGACAAUGUUAAAGUGGUCAAAGUCACAUCAACAAAAAAUCCCGGAGACACCUUCCAACUGGGAUCCACCAACGUUAAAUAUGAUUCUUUUGAUGACAGUGGUAAUACCGUAAGCUGCACCUUUUCUGUGACGCUCAAAGGUGAAUGUGUUGAUAGUUUAAUAUACCUAAAUCGCUAUGUAAUGAAGCCAGUACUUCCAUUUUAAAGGAAAACAAUAACAACAACAACACCUAAAAAAUUCGAUUUACUCAAGUUGGAUUUCUUGCAAGAAGUAAAUCUAAAGUGGAUGGGGUGGACAAAUUUUGCUCUAAAACAGGAAACCGGAUCCUUUAUUAUAGAAACCCCUUAUAAGUAAAAAAUUUGAAACAUGACAGAGUGUAAUCUUUUCAAUAUCAUUAAUCCAAUUCUACCAUGGAAAGUUCUUUAAACGAAAUAGAAUGAACUUGGGUCAUGGAAAAUGCCUCCUUACCUUAGCAUGGUAUGUCCCGUAGGCUACUUUAGUCAGCAGGAAUCUAGUCCAAACUGCACUAAGUGCCCGCCACAAACCAGCACCAAAACAAAUGGCUCAAAAGCGUGCACCGGUGAGCAAAUACAUGUACAGAUGUUCUUAAAAAAUCUAAUGAUGAUGCACGCAGGUUUUAGUAAAAAGAAGAAUAUAUCAAAAUAACACAAUCGUAAGAAAUGCAUCACUAGCAAAGGUCUUUGAGCUCUGAUAUGAUGAAGCUACAUGCAAUUAUAAGAUGCUGCAGCCGUUAUAAUUAUCUCGUGAUUAUUGUCGCCUGCCUAGAUUUUGUCCCAAAUUCAGGAGCGAAAAACAAUUUUUCAAAGUAAUUACUCACUAAUUGGACUGAAUAUAAAACGAAGCCUUAAUUACUAUUUUGUCACCAUAAAAUCAUUGUUCUCCAUUAAGAAAGCCUUAGCAUAGCGAAAUAAACCGGUUUGAAAUUUAAAGGCUAAGCGGUAUGACCAUCCCAAACUUUCCACCACGAACGUUUAACAAGAACUUUCUAACUAUUUUAUAUUAGAAAAAUCCAACUAGUGGUCUAUUAUCAAUGCUACGUUCUGAUUGGUUGAGCUACUGCUAGGCUAUAUGUUACAGCUCACUAGUAGCGAAAAGCGCCGGAUUUUUGGCGGCAAAAAAGGAUUAAAGUCUAGCUUCAAGUUGUUUUGUCUUGAUAUUUUUGACCAACUAGUUGGAUUUUACUAAACCAAUUAUUCCUCUCGCCCUCAUGGGCGAUUGACUCAGAGCCCAUUCGGGCUCGAGGAAUAAUUGUUAAUUAGCCAUUCGAUGUACUGUUUCAUUUGUUGUACAACUUUUUGUUUGCUUUUUUUUGUUGCCCUUUUUGUUUGUUAUUUAAACAGCUAAAAAGUGCGAGAAACCUGCAAAUCCAGAUAACGGAGUACUCAAGUGCGAAAAUUACGGGCAAAUGAUGUUUUGUACAACCACCUGCAAUCCUGGUAAACAGCCAUUCCAAUACACAUUUGGCUCAAUCUGCAGUCAAUCAACUUUAAAAUGGCAGCCGAUACCGGAUUGUGUGGGUGAGUAUAGUUAAGUGGGUAACCAGUAACUUGCCACGUAAUUUGCAUUUGCCAAUUGCCCGAUUAUACACAAAAUGAAACCCAGACUAGAUGAGUCACUGCUUUACUUUCUUUAGCCCCAAACCUACGAUCUAAAAGACCAAUUAAGACUAAAAACUAUGUCGUGAAAAUUUUACAUUCGGUUACUGGUUCAUUUGUUUCUAUGAUAAAAAUAUCUUUAAAAGAAAUAAACAAUAGACAACCACUAUAUACAGGAAAGUUUUUUUCUUCGUUCUUCAUGCUUUGGUCUUCGAGAAGGUCCUGGACGUAUUUCAGAAAUAGACGAAAACCUGUCCGGCUGCGGGAUAAGCUUUAUAUUUUACAAUUUACCUUAAAGAAAAAAUUACUGCCAAUGCAAAUUGAAUGGCUGACAUUGAACGAUGAAUCUACUAUUGUACUUAUUUUAUAGACGCUGUUCUUCUGCCUGACAGCGGAGUUUGUCCUGAUGGAAAAAUAAAGCAAGGCACCUUAGCGUCAGCGGAAAACUAUGUCAAAUAUUGUGGUGGGUAACGAAUCAUCUGGGCCCUCGUGGAAAAGUCUUUUGCUACCCGAAAGGGUGUGGUUUUGGUCACUUUAAUACCGUCAUAUUGUAUUUCCCUUUUUUGCAGUGAGUUGUCCUCAUGGAAUGAAAUAUGAUAAUGCACUGAAAGAUUGCGUGGUAUGUCCCGUAGGCUACUUUAGCCAGCAGGAAUCUAGUCCAAACUGCACUAAGUGCCCGCGACAAACCAGCACCAAAACAAAUGGCUCAAAAGCGUGCACCGGUGAGCAAAUACAUGUACAGAUGUUCUUAAAAAAUCUAAUGAAGAUGCACGCAGGUUUCAGUAAAAAGGAGAAUAUAUCAAAAUAACACAAUCGUAAGAAAUGCACUACUAGCUAGCAAAGGUCUUUGAGCUCUGAUAUGAUGAAGGUACAUGCAAUUAUAAGAUGCUCCAGCCGUUAUAAUUACCUCGCGAUUAUUGUCGUCUGCCUAGAUUUUGUCCCAAAUUCAGGGGCGAAAAGCAAUUUUUCAAAGCAAUUUUUUUUUUGAAUACUCACUAAUUGGACUGACUAUAGAAGGACGCCUUACUAUUUUGUCACCAUAAAUUCAUUGUUCUCCAUUAAGAAAGCCACUCAAUUUUCAGGAACUCAAAUGAACUCAGCUAUAUUUAGAUUCCUAGUAAAGAAUCUUUCAACCAAUUUUUGACUGAGUCAUUAUUGGAUAUGCGUUUGUCAGAUUUGUGCGAUAAAGGAAAGUCGUCUGCCGAUGGAUUUGACAAUCCUAACCAUGAUGCCUGCCAUCUGUGCUCCAUGGGUUUCUAUCAGGAUCAGUAUGGUGCUACAAGCUGCAUGCAAUGCCCCAGUGGAUUAACAACUAUAGCAAAGGGUUCCAUCACUCGGGACGACUGUGGAAGUAUGUGUCGAUAUGUUAUUCUUGAGCUUUUUGCACUUUAAGCGUAUUUAUAACGGGCUUUUUUGGUUUUCUGAGAAUACGGGGAAGGGGAGCAAAUCCUAUGCCCACCUCUACCACCACCUACAUUCUGUAAUUCUAAUAGGCUUUAUUAUUCAUUCAAAAUGUUUCCCCAAUUCUGAUUGGCCAAAACCACACGCAUAAUUCACCACAACCAGUUACUGAUGGCCAAAUUUGGAAGAAUUGUGUAUUUAACGAGGAAAUGACGUCAAAAAUGCAGCCCGCUACAGGUUAGGGCACCGUUACCGAGGAGACCUGGGGACAAGGUUAAGUUGUUUUGGUUGCGAAAAAAAAAUGGCGGACAUUUCACACGUUUCAAGAGCCUGGAACUAGGCGAAAUGAUAACUAAAAACAUGGCAAAAACAGCAGGAAGGCAACUCGGAGGGCGACAUCUGUUAUUUGGAGAAUAUUUGCGGAGCUGGACAAACGUAAACGUACACUAUCGAGAGGGUCUCAAUGGGGUGGUGGCUUUUACGGUUAUCGGCUAAAAUUUUGGCUCUUUUACGGCCAUCGGUUAAUUUUUUUCAGUUACGGUUAACGAGAAAGUUAAAAAUUAACUUCUUUUGUUUCAAAAAGUUAAAUAUUAAUUAACCCGUACUUUUUUUGUAUCUAAAUCCAAAUAAAGGUCUUCGGAUCAUCUCGGAAUGAAAUUCUUUUGAAAAAUUUUAACAUUUGAUAGAUCACACUUUUUAUAAAGUAUUCCACUUCUAAUAUUAUUUUACACAUAGAAAUGUCAAUAGUCAAUUUAAAAAAAAUCUUUGUGAAAAAGCAAAAGCAGACACGCAAACGCCCAACUCAAGGGCGGGGCGCGACAUUCAUUAUAACAGAAACGGCCGUUUUCACACUAGAGAAGGAUUAUUCGUGUGAGACGGGUUAUCCGUUUGAUGAUUCGCGUCAGAUAGGCAAUACGUCUUAAUUUGAAAAUGGAAUAGUUUUAAUUGUGAAUGAACAAUCCGCCUGACUUUUGAAGACGGGAUUAUCCGUUACAGAUAGCCUGUGUACAGCCGCCCCCUCCACUCAGAUAAAAUCGGAGAAGGGGUGUCUGUGGGGAGGGCGCGACUGUACGCAGGCUAGUCUCAUACGGAUGAUCCAUUUCUAGCUCUAGUGUGAAAACGGCCCAUAACAAAAUCCCGUGAGGUCACAAAAAUUACUAUCGCUUCCUGACAUGCCUUGCUGACAGACGGCAACGGAACAGGCAUCCGGCGUAAUAAGGCGCGCCGAUUACGCAAAGCCCAGUGCACCAGGCUCGCUCAAGAGGUCCGAAAUACCUUGACCGAGAUUGCGUGGGAAGACGCCGUACAGGGACUAGGCAUAAUGUCGACCGUAGCGUCAGAGAAAAACAAGGAAAUGUUGUUUAUCGGCAACGUGCUUUACAAACAGUGACAUCUCUGCGUGAUGUCUCACUAGUGUUUGGAGGGCACGACCUCCAGAAAAUUGCAAAUAUUAAUCCCCAACAAGAAGCCACACUUUCGCUAUAGAAAAAAUUAGUUCCCCGAGAAAGCGCCGGAAAAGGAGCCUAAGUCUUGGUUAACAUCUAAAAGGCGCUUCGCCUAACGUGCGUACGGAGUCACACUAGUCGGGAAAUAAAAAACGCAACCAUAAGUGAGUUUAGCACCUUCCUGACAAGUAGCAAAUCUAGGUAACAAUUUCCUCCACGGUUAACUCUAUUUUACCCUAUUUACGGCUAACGGUUAAAAUUUUUCAAUUUUUACGGCUAUCGACUAAGUUUUUGGCCGUUUUAAGCCUAUCGGUUAACCCCAUUGAGACCCUCUAUCGAAGAUGAACUUAACAUCGAUGCAGGUAAGCAUGUUUUAGCUAUGUUUUUAAACUAGGAAUUAUUUUGAAUGAAUAAUAAAGCAAUUAUUGAAUUCGGCAUUUGUAGGAAAUCUCGGAGGUUGUUAUCCACCGAGGCCGAAGGCCGAGGUGGAUCACACCCUCCUCGAUCUGCUUCAUUCUUCAUAUACUACGAAAGCCGAAUUCAUUAAUUGUUAAUUAUUAUUCAAGUUGGAGUCGGAUUCGUCUCGGUCCAUAAAAGAAUAUAAAGAACUUCGCCAAUAGCCAGCCAUCUUGGCGCAACAAGCUUGGUCGAUAACAGAUUUAAUCUAGUUUUUCUCGCCCAAACAAAGCGGGCAAGAUAGGCCCAUUAAAGGCGUGCUCGAAAAUGAGCCAAUGAGAACAAAGGAUUCCCUCUAACUUGCUCGCUUGCGGAGACAGACGUCAAGCAAUAAAACUUCUACAUUUAACCAGCCUUUAACCACCAGGCUUUAGGUUUUGUAUACACCAAGAUAUUUGCAUGUCACUCUUGAGUCAUUUUCUUCUAACUCUCUUUGACUAAAAAAGACAGCUCCGAAAACGAACAUUCACUGCCAGGCCAACAGGUGCCCGGCAGGAUUAAACUCACUUCUGUUUAGCGAACUCAGGCAGAUGAGUUACUAGCUGCCAAAUUUCUAUAUGCACCGACCGGCUCCCUGUUUGCCUUUGUAACUGCCUUACUGUGGAUUCCUUAUGCCCACAGCCAUUCCCUCAGUUUCUUCUUUUGGACCACCUUCCAUGGCAGUCAACGUGAGUGAGAACGGCAGAGCGGAGUUUGUGUGCAUGGGAUCUGGACCCCCGGCACCCACCUUCCUGGUUAAAAAAGUAAAACCAGUACCAGGUAAGUUUAUUUAUUUAUUUAUUUUCAUUUAUCGCUUAUAGUUUAGCAUCUUUUAUUAAUAUUACCAAGAAACCUGUAGGCAAGGUACGAUGGGGACAAGGCCGCCAGAUGAGUAAAGCAUAACCACACAGCCACUAGGUUGUCCUUCGCAAGAACUACGCCUAAUGUCAGUCUCUAUAAGUUGCAUCAGGAGCUGCAUGUAACUAGGAGGAGAUCGUAUUAAUCAACUUCUUCAUGUUAAAUCAUAAGCCUAGGAGUUUGAAUUCUGUGAUCUUGUCCAAGAGAGGUACUUUCCGUGACACACGAAGUGACGUUUAAUCACCACGUUAAUUAACCCAAAAAAAUUUUUUUCUUAAUUUUUCCUUUUAGAUGGAUUCGGUGGACCUCUGAAAGUAGACGAAAUAAAGUCGGGUAAUGUUGUGACAGGAAUACGCUACGUCAUACUCAGCACAACAGAACACGAUGAAGGACUGUACUCCUGCACGGUCACUAACAAGUUUGGCUCUGAUACCAAGUAUCUUAACUUGUAUGUACAUGUGCAUGUGGAUUCCGGUGGGAAUGGUUCUGGUUCAGGUAAGGGUGGGAUAAAUAUA